GUAAUACUUCGGCGUGGCGCUGAACCCUAGCAGGAGGCCCUUGAGAUGAGGGUGCCGGCGGGCGGCGUGACCCCGUGCGUUCAAGCUACUUGGGUCGGGAAGGAGGGGCCCAGGGCCCGGUUCUAGGACACAGGUGUCACACUGCAUCGUAAGCCGGGAUGCAGAUUAAACCCUCGAGCCCUCGGCCCCGCCGCGGGCGGGAGCGGACGCAGCACGGGGCCUCGGUCGCCCCAUGAGUGCAGCAGGCUCCGCGAAGCCCACUGUCCGUGCCCUGCCAGGUGCAGAAGUCCAGGCGCUCGCCUUCACUGCACUGCAUCUUCAUAGGAUGCACGGGCAAUUUUAAAGUGCUUCUGUGGCGACAGCCACCAACGGGUACCUUUAUGAUUAGACAACCGUACGGAGUUCAGCUGCCCGGCCUUUCCCUGCGCAGGGCGGGCGGCCGCAGCCCAGCAGCCCUGGCUUUGCUCCAGACCCGGCCCGGGAUGACAUCACCUAACUCCUCCGAUCAGCGAGAGAGGGCCCCCGAAAUCCCCUAAAAACAUUGUGAGUAAUCGCCGGGCCCGCCUUCCAGGCGGAGCCCAGCCCCGGGAGGUAGUCGAGCCGCUCCGCCAGCCCCGGGAGCGGCCUCCGGGCGAGCAGCUCUUCGGCCGCCGCUGUGCGCGCUCUAGACCCCGGCCCCCGGAGGCGGCGGCGGCGGCGGCAGCGGCGCGCGCGGCCUCUUCGUCCUCCACGCGGCGCGCGCUUGUUCCCGGCCCCCUCGCGGGGCGGUGGCAGCAGCGGCGCAGCGCGCAGGCGCGCCUGGAUUCCCGGCAGUGACGCGACGGCGGGCGCGCGCGGCGCAUUUCCGCCUCUGGCGAAUGGCUCGGCUGUAGCGCGCGCCGCGGGCCCAGCUGCGACCCCGGCCCCGCCCCCGGGACCCCGGCCAUGGACGACCUGUUCCCCCUCAUCUUCCCCACCGAGCCAGCCCAGGCCUCUGGCCCCUACGUGGAGAUCAUCGAGCAGCCCAAGCAGCGGGGCAUGCGCUUUCGCUACAAGUGUGAGGGCCGCUCGGCAGGCAGUAUCCCAGGCGAGAGGAGCACGGAUACCACCAAGACCCACCCCACCAUCAAGAUCAAUGGCUACACAGGGCCAGGGACAGUUCGCAUCUCCCUGGUCACCAAGGACCCCCCUCACCGGCCUCACCCCCAUGAACUUGUGGGGAAAGACUGCCGGGAUGGCUUCUACGAGGCUGAACUCUGCCCAGACCGCUGCAUCCACAGCUUCCAGAACCUGGGGAUCCAGUGUGUGAAGAAGCGGGACCUGGAGCAAGCCAUCAGUCAGCGCAUCCAGACCAACAACAACCCCUUCCAAGUUCCCAUAGAAGAGCAGCGUGGAGACUAUGACCUAAAUGCGGUGCGGCUCUGCUUCCAGGUGACAGUGCGGGACCCGGCAGGGAGGCCCCUCCGCCUGUCACCUGUCCUUUCUCAUCCCAUCUUUGACAACCGCGCUCCCAACACUGCUGAGCUCAAGAUCUGCCGAGUGAACCGAAACUCUGGGAGCUGCCUUGGCGGAGAUGAAAUCUUCCUGCUGUGUGACAAGGUGCAGAAAGAGGACAUUGAGGUGUAUUUCACGGGACCAGGCUGGGAGGCCCGAGGUUCCUUUUCACAAGCUGAUGUUCACCGACAAGUGGCCAUUGUGUUCCGGACACCUCCCUAUGCAGACCCUGGCCUGCAGGCCCCCGUGCGUGUCUCCAUGCAGCUGCGGCGGCCUUCAGAUCGGGAGCUUAGCGAGCCCAUGGAAUUCCAAUACUUGCCAGACACAGAUGAUCGUCACCGGAUUGAGGAGAAACGCAAAAGGACAUAUGAGACCUUCAAGAGCAUCAUGAAAAAGAGUCCUUUCAAUGGACCCACCGACCCCCGGCCUCCACCCCGGCGCAUUGCUGUGCCUUCCCGCAGCUCAACUUCCGUCCCCAAGCCAGCAACCCAGCCCUAUCCUUUCACGCCAUCCCUCAGCACCAUCAACUUUGAGGAGUUUUCCCCCAUGGUCUUCCCUUCAGGGCAGAUCCCAAGCCAGACCUCAGCCUUGGCACCAGCCCCUGUCCCAGUCUUGGCCCAGGCCCCAGCCCCUGCCCCAGCCAUGGUAUCGGCUCUGGCCCAGGCCCCAGCCCCUGGCCCAGUACUAGCCCCAGGCCUCACUCAGGCUGUAGCCCCGCCUGCCCCCAAGACCACCCAGGCUGGGGAAGGGACACUGACAGAGGCCCUGCUACAGCUGCAGUUUGAUGAUGAAGACCUGGGGGCCCUGCUUGGCAACAGCACGGACCCAACCGUGUUCACGGACCUGGCAUCCGUCGACAACUCUGAGUUUCAGCAGCUGCUGAACCAGAGUUCUGUGGCCCCACACACAGCUGAGCCCAUGCUGAUGGAGUACCCCGAGGCUAUAACUCGCCUGGUGACAGGGUCCCAGAGGCCCCCUGACCCAGCUCCCACUCCCCUGGGAGCCUCCGGGCUCACCAACGGCCUCAUCUCUGGGGAUGAAGAUUUCUCCUCCAUCGUGGACAUGGACUUCUCCGCCCUUCUGAAUCAGAUCAGCUCCUAAGGGGGUGAUACCUGCUCUGCCCAGAGCACUGGUUUGCAGGGCAUUGAAGCCUUCCCAAAGCAAGCACAUAUGGAUUCUGGGGUGUGUGCUCCAUCUGCCCCCAACUUUAGGUGAUGUCUUCCUAGGAAGGGGAGGAUGCAUUGUAUUUUAUUGGCAGUAUCUCUCUCUUUUUGGAGGUGCUUAAGCAGAAGCAUUAACUUCUCUGAAAAGUGGGGGAGCCGAGAGAACUCAAACUCUUUCUUCCUUUAUCCUGGUGUCAGGUCCCUUCUCCCUAUAGGGAAUUCUGGGGGGCCUCAUUCCCCCUCUCCAGCUUCUAGUACUCCUAGAGAGGGACAGGCUGGAGCUAUGGCCUUUGAAGCCGCAGAGCCUUAUUACCAAGUGUCUUCCUCAAAUCAUGGAUUCAUUCACACCUUGAGCCAAAAUAAUGCCUGUUACCAGCCCCUCUGUGGUGCUGACAAUGUCCUUGUGCCUAAUACCAGCAUUUGAGGGGCUGACUGGCCUUCCUGCCCUGCAGAGGUCUCUGCUGUUUCCUUUCUCAGCUGUGGCUGAAGGGAACUAGUGGGGCGGUGCUGGCCCUCUCCAGGAUCAAGGGAGGUUCAGUCUGAGACUUCCCUGUUCUCCCUUUUUUCAAGUGCCAUAAUAGUAGAGCAGGUUGAUUGGCGAGUGGGUGGGGAGUACAGAGUGGCAGCUCUCCAAUCAAGAGGCUCAGUUUUUACUGAAGAAUCAAAGCAGUUGGACCUUUGCUCUUUUUACUCUGAACUAAUAAAUUCAUUGCCAAGCUGGCCAGA